AUGCUUGCCUCUGCCAGUCGGCAAAAGGCAGGGCUUCCUACUGUCAGCAGGCAAACUUCACGGCUAGCUACCAGCAAAUGGCAAGUGGCUUGGGCAGGUCAUCGCUCAUCUGCACGCGAUCUGUGGAAAUUCUCACAUUCUUCUGUGCCGGUUGAAAUUAGCGACGACGAUCAGGUCUACGAAGCCGUCGCUUCCCAAAACGUCACGCAAAGAUCUGUGGGAAUUCUUACAUUCCUCAGCAUAAAUUCAACUCCACAAAUACGAUCAGGGUUUUGA